AUGGCUCCUCGUCGUUGGACAACAGAAGAGGAAUAUACGUUCCUCAACAAUCUCUAUCCACAAUAUCUCAAAGCCCAGAAGAAAGGUCAUCAAGACCCAUUUUUUAUCUGGGUAGAACACGAAUGGUUCGAAGCGUUCUCUGAGCACAAGAAGGUCUUUGGCCACGAGAUUUCCACCUUGAUGGAUGAACAGGAGACACAACUCCACAUGGCAAUUACCGCACGUCAAAAGCAGCUUCGUGAAUGGUUCCGCAACAGAAAUGCUUCUGCUCGGUGCUCAGGUGCUGCUCCCAAGUCAUCCCUCAAUAUGAACAUCGCAACGAAGCCUGCUGGACGCCGUUGUCUCAAAGGUCUUGAGCUCUAUUCACGCAAGUACUACCGAACAAGGGUCCAGCCUGCCGUCAAGAAAAUUAUAAUGGAGCAGUCCUUAUCUUCAAAGGAGACACUGCAUGUCAUCAAGCAACUGACUGCGAAGAUGUUUGAGAAAGAGGAUGACGAGAUUAAGGCAGAGAUCCAGGCCGAGUAUGAUGCGCAAGAAAUUCAUCAAAAUGAGGAUGCCGGGGAAGCUUCCGAAGCAUUGCCAACGCCAAUGCAAUGCCAAGAAUUCAUUGAUUCUAUGCCUGCGAUGCUGAAGGAGUUAUUCUCGGAGCUAUCACGGAAGACAGGGUGGUGCUUUACUGUCAUCGGCGGUGGACCUUGUCCCGAGGAAGAUGGUGAGAUAAGAACAAUCUGGUACGUUUUGCUACUUUUAGAAGAUCAGGGCCAUAAGAGUAAUUAA